CUUUUUUUAACAGGAAUCUUUCUCACUUAUAAAAGAAGACUUUCGUUAAAAAAAAUAUUAGAAACUCUGAUUAUAAUGAAAAUAUAUACGUAAUAUAAUAAUAUAAUAAUUUUUAUUGACAUAAUGCGUUAAGAGAAAUGUUAGAAUUCCAUCGCGAUAUUAACAAAGUCCGAACGUUUAUUAGUCCGAACGGAACAAAACAUCCUGUCAUUGUCGUCAAUGUCAAGGAUAACUGUGUGUCGUUAAAGGUAUGGCAAAGUAAGAAACUACUAAAUAAUUAGACGUUAAAGGGAAAGCGGUAUUUCGAAAUACGACUGCUUUUACGUGGUAAACGCGGAAAGUAUUCGGCAACAUCCUGCGUCUCGAACGUGUUGCCAUUUCCCGCGAUAAUUUUAUGAUAAUAGACGUGAUAACGAACGGUUCUAAAGUAUACGUAUAUGAUGGAAUCCAAACGAAGCAACGCACCAACAAUAACUACGUCGUCCGUCGCCGUCGGAGCGACGGACCAGCCGAGAACGAUCGUCUCAUCGACAACUUUGUCGCCUUUCUACCGACCUAACAUGACGCCGGAUAAACAAAGCUGCCAUUCUAUUGUUUAUUGUCGAAUUUGUCACGAAGCAGACGACAGUAUCGAGGAAUUAAUAGAUCCAUGCGAUUGUACCGGUAGUUUAGGUUUGAUACACGCGAGUUGUUUAGAAAAAUGGUUAUCCUCAUCAAACACCGAUCACUGUGAAAUCUGCAAGUAUGCUUUUGUAAUCGAGAAGAAGAAGAAACCUUUAUGUCAGUCAUGUUGCCAAUGGUGGAGGAGUAAAAGUGCUUAUGGACCACAAGGAAUCACAGGCGAUGUGAUCUGUUUGAUAGUACUCACGCCUCUAUGCGUAGUGGCUACUUAUUUGUGUGGAAUCGGUGCAAAUGCAUACACACGACUCGGUUUUUGGGAGGGUAUUGGUCUCGCUAUACUCUGUUGUAUGCUUGUCAUUACAUUCUUUUUAUGGCUGAUCAUUACUAUAAGAUUUCAUUGUAUAUCGUUGAUACAGUGGCGUAAACGAAAUCCUGAUGUGAAGCUAAUCGUGAAACAUAAAUCGCAAACGGCUCAUAUAAAAGCUUAUUGGAUAACCAGUAAUGAUAGAAAUAACGAUAGAUCUAAUAACAAUCCUUUCACAUGCUUUCUCACCACUUUCGGAGACAAUGAUGAUUCUUUUUACAAUAUACAACAGCAGAUGACAUUCGUUUAAGCGUUUUAGUGAAAUUUUAUCAUUGUAUUAUUUUGUCAUAUAAAAAAAAAAAGAAAAAAAAAAGAAAAAAGAAAGAAAAAAGUAAGAAGAGAAAGAGCAUAUGUAUAUUCGCAAAUAUAGUAAGGAAAGACUACAGAAGUCGCAAAAAAUGUGAGAACUCUUCCACGAUAUGAAAUAUUUUAUGAAGAAACUAUUUUUAUCGAACUGUGAUUCUUUUUUUAUUCUUAAGAAUGAAUACACUAUUAUCUUUCACUAAGGAUCACGUCGAUUUAGAAAGUGAAAAGAUUUUUUUAUUUGAAUAUAGAAAAAUCGUUAAUAUAAUUAUUGGUUGAUGAAAAUCUUAGAAUUGUCAGUACCUGAUCGUGUAAACAAAAUGGUUUUCUUAUAAAGCGAAAAUUUCUUAA